AUGAUGGGAAGUUCUGAAGGUGGAAGUGCAAGCCAGGGUGGUUCCGAGACUAGUUUUGGGAGAAGGCGAGGAAAGUGCAAAUGGUUAAAUGUUGCCAAAGGAUGGGGUUUCAUCACUCCCGACGAUGGUGGCCCGGAUAUGUGUUACAACUGCGGCCAAUUCGCCAACCACAUAGCAGAAAAAUGCUCUCUUGGGCCUCAGCCCAAAAGAUGUCACAACUGCAGGAGCGAGGAUCAUCUGAUAGCCGACUGUCCUUCAAAAACCGAACAAAAGACUGAUUCGAUUGAUUCGACCAAAAACGGAGAUACUUCUAAAAAGGAAGACGGAACAACCGUACCCUCCGCUCCAGAAAAAACGGGGGAUUAG